AUGAAUUGUCCAGACAAGAGCGAAAAUGAAAUUCAAGAACCAUGUAAUCCGGAAACGAAAAUAUUUACUGGCGCUAACAACUUAAAUGAAAACAAAAAAUCGGAAAAAUAUAGCUCAUUAAAAAUCAGCGAAAUUGAAGAAAAGUCUACUAUCGAGUCCGAUCAAUCAGACAUCAAAACAGCUCAAAUAAGAUCAUACCUUAUUGAAAAUGCUGCUAAUGCAGCGGCUAUGCGAAUAAAAGCUAGCAAACUUCUGGCUAAAGCUGAAAUGUAUGCGACAGAGGCACAGACAAAAGCCCAAACUGCAUUAGAGAAAAUUAACUCUGCUGUAUCUCUACUAGAAAAAGGUAAACUAGAUCUCGUUGAAAAAGAACUUGAUAACGCGCUUGGUCCCGCAGAUGAUGCAAUAACCGCAGCUCAAGCUUUCAUUAGCGAAAAAAAUUCCAUAAAUUCUGUGGUUAUUGAUGAAAUUCCCGCCGAUUUCGCAACAGACAGUGAUUUGAAAUCGAUCAAGUCAAAAGCCGAUGACAAUGCCGUCGAAGUUAACAACGCGAUUAAAACGAUAAAUCUUAAAGAAGCAUCCGUCUCAACAAGCAAAUCUGCUGCCGAGAAAGCUAAGGCGGCAGUACCUUUACUCCGUUCUGCUGCGAAAGUAGCUAUCGAACUUAAGAAAGCUGAUACAGUUCUGUCCAAUGCUAAUCAGGCAGAAGAUCAAUCCAAAUCAGCAUCGGAAAUAAUUAAAUCUGCUACGUCUCUACUGGAAUCAGGCGAACUAGACCUUGUUGAGAACAAAGCUCAGGAAGCAGAUAGUCUCGCGAGAGCUGCAAUUGAGGCAGCUCAAAACUUUACUAAAGAUAAGAAUUCCAUAAAUUCUGUAGAUAUUGCGGAAGUUCCCGCCGAUUUCGCAACAGACGAGGAUUUGAAAUCGAUCAAGUCAAAAGCCGAUGACAAUGCCGUCGAAGUUAACAACGCGAUUAAAACGAUAAAUCUUAAAGAAGCAUCCGUCUCAACAAGCAAAUCUGCUGCCGAGAAAGCUAAGGCGGCAGUACCUUUACUCCGUUCUGCUGCGAAAGUAGCUAUCGAACUUAAGAAAGCUAAUGCAGUUCUGUCCAAUGCUAAUCAGGCAGAAGAUCAAUCUAAAUCAGCAUCGAAAAUAAUUGAAUCUGCUACGUCUCUACUGGAACAAGGCGAACUAGACCUUGUUGAGAACAAAGCGCAGGAAGCGGUUAGUCCCGCGAGAGCUGCAAUUGAGGCAGCUCAAAACUUUAAUAAAGAUAAGAAUUCCAUAAAUUCUGUAGACAUUGCUGAAGUUCCCGCCGAUUUCGCAACAGACAGUGAUUUGAAAUCGAUCAAGACAAAAGCCGAUGCCAAUGCCGUCAAAGUUAACAACGCGAUUGAAACGAUAAACCUUAAAAAAGAAUCAGUCUCAACAAGCAAAUCUGCUGCCGAGAAAGCUAAGGCGGCAGUACCUUUACUCCGUUCUGCUGCGAAAGUAGCUAUCGAACUUAAGAAAGCUGGCGCAGUUCUGUCCAAUGCUAAUCAGGCAGAAGAUCAAUCCAAAUUAGCAUCGAAAAUAAUUGAAUCUGCUACGUCUCUACUGAAACAAGGCGAACUAGACCUUGUUGAGAACAAAGCUCAGGAAGCGGAUAGUCUCGCGAGAGCUGCAAUUGAGGCAGCUCAAAACUUUACUAAAGAUAAGAAUUCCAUAAAUUCUGUAGAUAUUGCGGAAGUUCCCGCCGAUUUCGCAACAGACGAGGAUUUGAAAUCGAUCAAGAAAAAAGCCGAUGCCAAUGCCGUCGAAGUUAACAACGCGAUUGAAACGAUAAACCUUAAAAAAGAAUCAGUCUCAACAAGCAAAUCUGCUGCCGAGAAAGCUAAGGCGGCAGUACCUUUACUCCGUUCUGCUGCGAAAGUAGCUAUCGAACUUAAGAAAGCUGGCGCAGUUCUGUCCAAUGCUAAUCAGGCAGAAGAUCAAUCCAAAUCAGCAUCGGAAAUAAUUAAAUCUGCUACGUCUCUACUGGAACCAGGCGAACUAGACCUUGUUGAGAACAAAGCUCAGGAAGCGGAUAGUCUCGCGAGAGCUGCAAUUGAGGCAGCUCAAAACUUUACUAAAGAUAAGAAUUCCAUAAAUUCUGUAGAUAUUGCGGAAGUUCCCGCCGAUUUCGCAACAGACGAGGAUUUGAAAUCGAUCAAGACAAAAGCCGAUGCCAAUGCCGUCAAAGUUAACAACGCGAUUCAAACGAUAAACCUUAAAGAAAAAUCCGUCUCAACAAGCAAAUCUGCCGCCGAGAAAGCUAAGGCGGCAGUACCUCUACUCCGUUCUGCUGUUAAAGUAGCUAUCCAACGUAAGAAUGCAGGCGAUUUCUUUUCCCGCGCUAAGAAAUCUGCUGUGAACAUAGCCGAGCACGCUCAACAAGCCGAAACCGCCGCUCUUGAAGCUAAAAAUUAUUGGGGUAAGAGUAUGACUGAACAAGCCUCGUGGCAAGCUGAUAUGGCAUCGAAUUUAGCAUUGAGUGCGCGUGCGGAUGCUGGCAGAUUCAGAUCAGGGAAAAAAUUUGUCGAUCGUGCUGCAACAAAUGCCCGCAAAUUGGAAUUACUCAUAUCAAGCGAGUUUACUGACAUAAAGAAGAUAGCAAAUGAACUCGCGAGCGCAGCUGAAAAAGACUCCGAGAAGCUUGUUGAACUCGAGAAGUCUGUCAAAACUGACAUGCUUCGUACCGAAACAGCUAAAAAUGAUGGAAGUAAGUAUAUGGAUUCUUAA